AUGGUGGAUUACCAACCCUUAGGAGGGAGUUCGUAUAUAGAACUCCCGAAAGAUGUCUAUGAUACCAAAGCUAUUGUCAAUGUGAAAAAUGAUGACCAGGAAUGUUUUAAGUGGUCAGUACUGGCAGCCCUCCAUCCAACUUUAAAGAAUGCAGAGCGAGUCAGUAAGUACCAUGAGUAUAAAGACGAACUCAAUUUUGAUGGAAUCGACUUCCCCGUCACCAUUGAUCAGAUUGGAAAGUUUGAGAAACAGAAUCCAGGAAUCAGUGUCACUGUCAUUGGUAUCGAUAAACCAGAGAGAAGCAAAAAGGGAGUUGUCUUACCUUCGAUCAUGUUGCCUCUUAGAGUACCAGAUCAGCAACUCGAAAAGCAUGUCGUUCUGCUCUACUGGGGGCGUGAAGAACAGCAUCACUACGCUCUGGUGAAAAACUUUAACAGACUUCUCUCUAGAACCAAGUCUCAUCAUGAGCAAACUUUUUUUUGUCAACGCUGCUUUCAAGGUUUCAUACGCCCUGAUUUACUUGAAAAGCAUUCUGAAAUUUGUCGUCAUAUCCCCAUUCAAGCGGUUCAAGUGGUCGACGAAGAAAUUUCGUUCAAAAACUGGGCAAAGACAGAGGAAAGUUUAUUUAGAAUCUAUGGUGAUUUUGAAUGCCUUCUCCACGAAUGUGAAGAAGGAGGCGACAACGAGAAGACCGUUAAAGUGCAAAAACAUAUCCCCUGCAGCGUCGCGUGGGUUUUAAUCUCCAAUCAUCCUGAGGUAGAAUCACGUAGUUUUCUGUAUCGUCCCUCACCAAAUUCAGACAUGUCUCUAGAAGAGACCAGUGAGCAAGUCAUUGACCAGCUGAUGGAAAGUCUCCAGCAAAUUGAAAAGGAACUGCUCCCUUACCAGCUAGAGGUUAAACCUAUGGUAAUGACUGAAGAACAGGAAGCCGAUUUUCAAGCUGCUACUCAUUGUUAUAUGUGUGAAGAGCUCUUCUAUGAGAAAGAAGAAAAUUGGUGCAAAGUACGCGAUCACAAUCACGCUACAGGAGAAUACCGCGGAGCGGCGCAUUUUUCAUGUAAUCUGAACAAGCGGCGUACAACACACAUCCCGGUGUUCUUCCAUAAUUUGCGCGGGUAUGAUUCCCACCUCAUCAUGCAGGGGAUUCACAGAUAUGCCAACAAGAAAAGAAUAAGCGUCAUCCCGAACAAUAUGGAAAAGUACGUUUCCUUUAGCCUUGGAAACUUAAGGUUUCUCGAUUCCCUCCAAUUCUUGGGACCGGGUGCUAGUUUGGAUGCUUUGGCUGGAAAUCUUACAGAGUUCCCACAUCUCAAGGAACAUUUUGAAAAAGUGUGGGGUUUUAACAAACCUGACGAUGUCAAUCUAUUAUGCCAGAAAGGUGUCUACCCUUAUUCCUAUAUGAAGAAUUUUGAAGUUUUUGAAGAAACAAGUCUACCCUCAAAACAAGCCUUCCACAAUGACUUAACUGGAGAUGCUAUUUCCCAAGAAAAGUACGAGUUUGCACAGAGAGUUUGGGAGACAAUGGGUUGUCAAACUUUGGGGGAAUAUCACGACCUCUAUUUAUUUCAAGAUAUCUUUUUGCUUGCGGAUAUCUUCGAGCAGUUUCGUCAAGUGUGUAUUGAGAAUUAUGAUUUAGAUCCCGCUCACUAUUACACAGUCCCUGGACUAGCAUGGGAUGCUGCCUUAAAGUUUACCAAAGUCAAGCUGGAAACCCUCUAUGACAUUGAAAUGCAUCAGUUCUUAGAGAAAGGCAUGCGAGGUGGUAUUUCGAUGAUUACCCAUCGCUAUGCUCAAGCCAACAACAAGUACCUAAAGGACUACAAUCCUGAACAGCCUAGCAGUUUUAAUAUCUACCAAGAUGCAAACAACCUUUAUGGGUUAGCGAUGAUUCAAUCACUCCCAGUGGGUGAUUUCAAAUGGAUGGAUGGGAAAGAUAUACAAAGCUUCAAUGUCAUGUCAGUAGAAGAUGAUGCUGACAUUGGUUACUUUUUAGAGGUGGAUCUAAAGUAUCCUAACGAUCUACAUGAUCUCCACUCAGAUUACCCACUGGCUCCAGAAAAAAUGUCGAUUUCCCACGAGAUGCUCUCCCCCUAUCAGCAGCAAUUAAAGGAAGACCUGGGGUAUAAGCCGAGUAAAGUGGAAAAACUGGUACCCAAUCUCUGGGAUAAAGUCAAGUAUGUGAUCCAUUACCGCAAUCUGAAGUUUUAUCUUACACAAGGUCUCAAGUUGCAGAAGAUUCACCGAGCCCUACAGUUCAAGCAGCAACCAUGGCUGAAACCAUACAUUCAACACAACACACAAUUGAGAGCCGCUGCUGCCAAUGAGUUUGAGAAAGAUUUUUUCAAGCUUAUGAACAACAGCGUAUUCGGAAAAACAAUGGAAGAUGUAAGAAAACGUGUUAACAUUAAGUUGAUCACAGAGCCAGCUAUGUUUAAAAAACAUACAGCAAAAGUCACCUACAAAAGAAGUGUUGUCUUCGUGAAUGAUGAAGAAAAGCAGGAGUACUUUGUUGGAUUGGAAGCAAAACGUACCUCUGUAAAGCUAGACAAGCCUAUCUACACUGGCUUCACAGUCUUGGAGCUUAGUAAACUUCACAUGUACGAUUUUCAUUAUAAUCACAUAAUGAAAAAGUACGGGCCUGAGAAAGCGAAGCUCUUAUUCACCGACACAGACAGUCUCACCUAUCACAUCACCGCCGAAGACCUGUAUCAAGACAUGAAACAGGAUCAGCACUUAUAUGACACCAGCAAUUAUCCCAAAGAACAUUUUCUAUACAGCACAACAAACAAAAAGAUCAUUGGAAAGUUUAAAGACGAGACGGGUGGACUCCCUAUUGUUGAGUGGAUUGGCCUCCGGGCUAAAAUGUAUUCCAUAAAGCUUGAGGAUGGGAAAGAGAAAAAAACAGGCAAAGGGAUCAAGAAAAGUGUCUUAAAGAAAGAAGUGAGACAUCAAGAUUUCAAAGAUUGUUUGAUGGAGGAAAGAGAAUUUCAACAUUCUAUGGUGAAUUUUCGCAGUCAUCAGCAUCAACUACACACCAUCAAGCAGACCAAAAAAUCACUCAGUCCAUUCGAUGAUAAACGGUAUAUCCUCGAGGACGGAUUUACUACGAGAGCACACGGUCAUUAUCAG